AUGGAAAAUGUUGAAGAUAUCGAAAAUCUUCUUUCCCUUCAUUGGCCACAUAUCUUUUCUUCCAUUGAUCCUUCAACACCCAUCACUCUCACCAAACUAUCUCGAUACAACUGGCUCAUCAAAUGUUCCGAACAACUUUCCUAUGUACUUAAAUCAUCACAAACAAAUAAUUUAGAUCUCGAACUGAAAUAUCUCACCGAUCUAAAUCGUUAUUUCAACAACGAGUAUCGAGUUCCACUACCCAUUAUCACAAUCAAAAAUGAAAGACAUGUUA